UGUACGUCAUAGGCAACUAAAAAAAAAUCCUAGUACAUUUCUCACCAGGCGCCCAAUCUUGCCUUGUAAUAAAAACCUUUUUUGUACAUGCAUUUUUUUUGUUACUUUGAACGGACCGGAGCCACAGCGGGAAUAUCUUUGAAAUGGACGCACCUACGAAGGACGAUCGGAAUGGUGGCCUACAUUAUUGAGCGCAAACUCGCUAUGCUACGAGGCUAGCAUUUAGCUGCUGAGAGCUAACUUAGCUUUAGCUCGCUGAAAGCGCUGACAAAGCGACAAAGCAAAUGUGAUCCUGAGCAUGCAAAAGUGACUCUACAAUCUGUCUGGAUUCCUCCUGUUGGGAACACUUUACAAGGAGACCCCUGAAACGGUCCACACAUUGAACGUUCAGGAUUUUCCGUCAUGUUUUAGCUGCGCUUCAACCAUGUGAGGGUUUCUGAAUUGGCAUCUGGGGAGAAGACUGACCCUGUCUUUCCCUGAAAAGUGUGCUUCCCCACCCUAUUGCUCCCCCACACCCCACCCUAUCCAAACAUUCCAAAUCUCCUUGCCUAAAAAAGGAGACGCGCCAUGAUGUUCAGAGACCAGGUAGGUAUCCUCACGGACUGGUUCAAGGGCUGGAACGAGUGCGAACAGACCGUAGCACUGUUGUCCCUCCUCAAGAGGGUAUCCCGAACGCAAGCUCGUUUUUUACACAUAUGCCUUGAGCACUGGUUGGCGGACUGCACGGAGAUCCACAUUCUGGAAGCAGAGGCCAACAAUGCAGCCAUAGUCAGCCAGUGGCACCAGGAGCCUAAAGAGAAAGUGGUAUCCUUGCUCUUAUCCCAUCUGCCUUUGCUGCAGCCCCGUAACAGCGAGGCCAAAUGUGAGUACAUGAAGCUGCUGCAGAAGGUGUUGAGUCACACCAUUGAGAGUAGCUUGUUUGUGGAGGAGAGCAGACAGCUACUGUCCUACGCACUCAUCCACCCUGCCACCACGCUGGAGGACCGCACGUCCUUGGCUAUGUGGCUUAACCAUUUGGAGGAGCACCUCUCCGGCGGCUAUACGCCAUCCACACGGGCGCCCCCGAGCCCGUACCACCCCCGUCAAGGCUCAGACGAAUGGCCCAACCCUGCCGAGGCCCUGGAGCCUGGUCACGCCUGGCACGAAAAGUCCCCCUCAUCAAGCACGUCUCCUGCAGGCCAGAACGGGCACAUAGCUUUUCCUGGUGGAUUGUCCUCUCCUGUCAACAGCAAUAACACAGGACUGGGCGGGCAGAUGCAGCCAAGCCCUCUGAAGAAGUCAAUCAUCCCCUCGAGUCCGCAGGGAUGUGGCUCUGAGUGGCUCAGUCAGGAUGACACGGGGAAUAGGCAGAAUUUCCACCCGACAGACCACGCUCCCCUUUCCCCGCAAAGCAGCGUGGCUUCCUCGGGCAGUGAACAAACAGAAGAGCAGGGUUCGGCACGCAACACCUUCCAGGAGGACGGCAGCGGCAUGAAAGAUGUUCCCGCAUGGUUGAAAAGUCUUCGCCUUCAUAAAUAUGCCUCACUUUUCUCCCAAAUGACAUAUGAGGAGAUGAUGAUUCUCACAGAACAUCACCUAGAAUCACAGAACGUCACCAAGGGCGCGCGGCAUAAAAUUGCCCUGAGCAUUCAAAAACUGCGUGAGCGGCAAAGUGUGCUCAAGUCUUUAGAAAAGGAUAUUUUGGAAGGAGGAAACCUGCGCAACGCCUUGCAGGAGCUGCAGCAGAUCAUCGUGACACCCAUUAAGGCUUAUAGCACUUUGACGCAAACCCCACAAGAUCCGGCAAACGCCCCUUCGGACACGGCAAAAUCGGAUACUGAUAAAGAAGCUGCCCCUGAGGGAUUCCAUUCCCAUAACACGCCUUCCUGUGAUGGAGACUCCUCAGUGACGCCCAUCUCAGAUGGCGACAUUGCCGGACAAUUCACCCGAGUCAUGGGGAAAGUCUGCACGCAGCUGCUCGUGUCCAGGCCGGAUGAGGAGAAUAUCAGCUGCUACCUCCAGCUCAUUGAGAAGUGUCUAAUACAUGAGGCUUUCACAGAAACGCACAAGAAGCGUCUAGUUUCAUGGAAGCAGCAGGUCCUCAAAUUGCUUCGCCUGGUCCCUCGGAAAGCCAUGCUGGACAUGCCCGUGUACCGACAGAAAGGCUGGGCCUAUGGGUCCAACUCCCUCCCCACAGCAGGCUCUGUGAGCGGAGGUGUGGCUCGGCGGGGACAGAGGCAAUUCCAGAUAACCCCGCGUGGACUCCAGGCAGGACGCAUAGGUUUGCUGAGUCCGGGUGGAAUUGGUGGCGCUUCUCCUCGCCACACGCUCACUAACCCUGCACUGGCAGGCCAGGGUCGACAAAGCCUGUGGUUUGCCAACCCUGGGGGCAGUAACAGCAUGCCAAGUCAAAGUCGUAGCUCUGUGCAACGGACCCACUCGCUUCCAGUCCACACUUCUCCGCAAACCAUGCUCAUGUUUCAGCAGCAAGAUUGCCAAGUUCCAGGCGCUGACCUGGAAAUCAACCCUACGCUGGAGUCGCUGUGCCUCAGUAUGACGGAGCACGCCUUAGGGGAUGGAACUGACCGGACAUCGACGAUAUGAAAAGAAGACACGAAAAAAAGUUCCUCAUCACCCAGCACAAAGAUUUACGUACGCGCGAGCAAACCAGGCAAAGCAGUCACUACAUAAUGACAAAAAAAAAAAAACUGUAUAUGUUCUAAUAUUUUUGUACUUUAUUAUAUACAACUAAGUUUAUUAUUAAAACAAAUGAAAUACAGAUAAUUAUUAUAUUGCAAGACAGAGUAGGACUCACAACCGUGUCACUUGCAGGUCUGUGACAUGGCACAAUUUUAGGAGAGAAAAGGAUAGGUAGUGUCUUAAAAAAUGGCCCUAUAUAAGUUCUUCUUUUCCUUAUUCCCCGUAGACCUGCACCGCAUUGCGUGUAGAUCGGCCAGAUGUAAGGCACUUUUAUACUUACGGCACUAGACUGUAAUUGGCUUAAGAAGACACUUUCGAGACCCCCAAAGGCGCCUCAAAAGGUUUCCAGUCCCUUGUUAAAAUUGCGUCUCCUUACCGUCCUCUCUGGAUAACACGGUUUUAGAGGACGAGCGCGUCAUGCCACAGCAGGCGUUGCCUUUUAUUUUAAAAGUUUCUUCCUAAAGACUUCUCCUCUCCACUAAAGCCAAAGAGAAGGGUUGUUCGGUCGAUUAUUCAUUUGGGACAGAUUGCACGCGACAGAAUGGUUUAACCUUAAAAAGCAGCUGGAAACUGCCCAGCUGUGCUUUGUCUCUGUUAUAUAUAUUUUUUUAACUCCCAACUGCGUCCAUGAUGAUGAAUUAUCCUGUUGUGCCGAGGAGUGAGGGCUGGCCAAGGGUUGUACAAUUACACCAGCGCUGGUGGUCCUCAGUUUUAUGACGGAGUACCAUUUCCUUUGUCAGUGGCCUAACCUGAAUUUGUAAGUCCAAACUUGCCGUAAUCGUUCUCUAUCUUACGCCAAAGCAGUGGCAACGUCAAGAAAAUUGUAAAUAUUUGUUUGAAAAACUGCUAGGCCAUAAAUUUAGAACCUUCUAAUGAAAAACAAACAGUAAUUAGUGUUAUCUCAGUGAUCCUGCAUCCCAAACUGAUAACAUUCACAUAUGCUGUACAUAAACCAAUGACAAAAUGGUGGUACAUUUUUUGCAAGAAACUGAUAGAGAACUCCUAAAAUAACUAACAAUCCUGACAAUCGGCCCAAAACAAUUGACCAGUGAUCCAUUUCGGGACCCUGACGUCCACCCUCCAUCCUCACACGAGACGAUUUGAUGACUCAUGCGUUUCCAAGGUGCUCCUAGAUGUCCAUAUUUUUCCAUUAGUGUCUGUGUUUCAGUAAACCCUCAACAUUAUUGCGUGGUAUCAGUGUUGAAUCGCUUAAAAUAUUAACUAAUACCGUAAAUAAACAAACAAACAAAAGAAGUGGUCUUCUAACCCCGCCGUCUGUCUUGGAAUGUGGCAGAGCGGAGGUGCAUGUACGUUUGAAUAUGGUCUUUGUUCGUUUGGUUGCUUCUUAAAGCAGGGAUAAUCUUUCAAGUUUCUGUUUUGCGGCAGCGCCCAUAGUAAAAGGCAAAGAUGGUCAAACAGUGGAACCCCUAAAGUUUACUUUCACGUUUUUUGCCCAUUUCUAGUUUUUCAAUCAGACAUCAGGUAAGGACUGAAAUAGCGAGUCAAAACUAUCACCAUUGUACAUGAUUAGUUUUAUCAGUGAUGUUUGGAGACACAUAUUACAUGUUUUUCACCAAUUCAAACAGUUCCCAGGUGUUUUACAGUGGUACAUAGAGUUUGAUUUGUUCGGUGACAACCAACACUCCACAUUGAAAAGAACAUUAAUCUGUUCCAACUCGGUCCACUACUGUUUCAUGCAGUCACACUGACACAGACAAAAAAAAAAAAACUUCUAUUGUAAUAUAAGUCAAGAAUAUAUGCUUCAGCGGAUUGUUAUAUUUUUUGUCCACUUUACAAUAUCCGUCGCUUCAAGUGUUAUAUUGCUGCGUUCAAUGCUAACAUAUAGCAUGUAAAUGAAUUUUUCAAUUUAUGUAGUGAGCCGGUCUCAACGCAAUAUAGUUUGCUUGUUUUAAUUAUACAAUUUGUAAUUCUGUGUAAAGUGGCAUUAAGCAGCUUAAAGCCUUAUUUUGAUGCAAAAAUGCUGCUUGUCAUAUCUGAAGUUUUUGUUCACAAAGCAAAUGAUAUAUAUAAAAAAUGCACAAGUCAGCUCAACUCUAUCCUAAGACACAACUGUAUUUAGUUAAAAAAAAAAAAAAAAAUACACAUUUUAUGGUUGGGCACACAAUAUUUGUAGUAACGGUUAUUGUCCAAUUACAAAAUUUGUCUCCAUUAGAUAAUUGUAUGUACUGUAGGUCCUAGCUGUGCUUUCAGCUCCACAUGUUUUACAUUACAUAAAAUAGAUUUUUCAGUUUAUUAUUUAAUGCCACUGUAUUACUCAGAUUGUAUACUAAGCAGCCAGACACUUAACUAUAUCACUGACCUAAUUAUGUCUGAGCAUUUGAACAAUAAAGUUUUACUGAUAUUUUGACUUUAGAGGUUCCACUGUAUACAUAUACUUGUUUUAUUUUUAACUCCCUUGAUAUGUAUAAGUUUAUAUAAUUGCAUGUUUUUUGCCACACUAAUACAGCACUGUUGUAGAUAAGAGGACAACAUGGAGAACGGACAUCUUGCAACUUAAGUUGUGCGUGCGUGUAUGUGUGUGUGUGUGCGUGUGUUUAUAACGCCUGUUUACAUCUUUCUAAGAUAAUGCCCGCAUCAUAAUAUGUGAAAAAAAAAUUCGAUACAAAAACGCUGUCCUCUUUUUUUCUUUUUUUCUGCGGAUUCUUAACAUGUUGACUUAAUGGUGUCGAGUUAUAUUGCGGUCAUUGUUUUCUUCAGAGCAGGCUCUUGGAUACAUCUGACUUACUGGAAUACAAAAAGCAAAAAAAAAAAAAAAGUAUCACGCUCGUGCCCAACAAGGACCUCAACAAAGACGGCUGAUAUUUUUAGGACUUGUGUUACAUAUGGCUCAGAUUGUCCUUUUCAAAAAUAAGGUGCUGCAGUAGAAUACAGUACAGUGAAUGUGCAUAAUUAAGCUGCAGCAGGGCAUGACGAAGCUUUUCUGAGCCACUCGAUGAGUAAUAUAUAAAACACUACACAACAAUACAAGGCCAAGGAGUACUCCAUGUUUACAUUCCAGUGAUGCACUUCAAAGUUGUGUGUUUCCACACUAAGGCAGGGGUGGGGAAUCUGCGUCCAAAAUGUUAAGAAUUUUGGGCUUUACAUGCCAAUUCUAAAUAAACUAGGAAAUGUACAUUCAUGACUCAAAUUUUGCCUUUCAGUUCCCUGUUAGAGAAUAGCAAACCGUGCAAAAAGUACAGGAAUCAACAGCUGCAUGUGUGCAUUCAAAGCUUUGGAAAUGUGUUCAGUGCAUUUUAACAUUCUCUUUAAAUUUCUCUGUGCCGACAGAAACGGAUAUGACAUACAUUGGUUGACUCAACUUUUCUCCUGAAUUUAACUCAAUGGUUGCCAUUGACAACAACUGAUGUUAAAUUCAUUUAUACUGGGAGGCCUGGCUGUGAAUGCUCAUCUUUCUGUGCCAUUGACUGUGUUAGACAUUAAAACUAAUUUGACUGAGAGGCCUUGCAGCGAUCAUCUGCUGCCAGGCUCGCCCAGUCCAAAUGGAUUCGACGUGAAUGAAAGCCAAUGAGUUUAAUGGCCCUUUCCCAGAGGACUAAAAUGGUUCCCCAGCCUUGCAUCUAGCACGUACAGUCACAUUGGCUCAUCCAUGUCCAUUUCGAGCUUGAUACACAAAUUAAAUGCAACUGGGUUAUGUCUUUUGUCCUAAAACAAUUUAUAUUUCUCUCUUCUGACAUUUUCUAAUGUUAUAUUAAAUCCUGUGCAUCCCGUGCUUAUGUUUGUUUUGUUGGUUUUUAUUGUCCUAUUUGUGAAUGGUCUGAAGUGCAGCAUCCGUCAAAUAAUUGACAGUCUAAAUAAAGAGGUUCAGUUCUUUUUUGCAACAGAAUCUAUACUUUGUCUUGGUGUCUGUUGAUAUUAAUCUUCAUGUUGGGACUUUUGCAAUUUAUAAUAUAAUAAAUGUAAAGCCAUAUUAUUGGAAGUAAACUAAAAAUAUUGUAAUAUUAUAAGGAAAUUAGUUACAAUAUUGUGUAAAGGAGUAAGUGAAUAUUUCACUUAGUACCAUAUUGAAAAUAAAAUAAUUGACUACAAAAACGGCAACAUUGAACAUAAGCCAGUGUAUGUAAUGCUGCAUUCGAGGAAGGUGGGAAGUCGGACGUAACCCACUGGGAUGGUGCUGGUUGCGACCUCAAAGCGUUGCAAGGGAAUGUAAACAGCUGGUGGCUGAUCGCGACAAGUUUUUAAAUUAAAUUUUAUUUUUUAUAUUUAUUUUGGCCAUAGAGAGCAGCAUAUCCUCACGCAAAGUCGUUAAAAAUCAUGUUCUUUUACGUGUUGUGUACGAAGUUGUGUUGAAAAACUAAAUAAUAAAUAGAUACAAAUUUAUAUAUUUGUACGUAGACUUCAAAAUCUAUAUUAUAAAGUCUGAUUUGUGGAAACAAAUCGCAUAACUUCAUGCAAAGAAAUAGCAUAUCCUCAGGCAAAGUCAGGAAAAAUCAAUAGUGUUACGGGUUGUUGUGUAGAUUACCUAAAUUAAUUUAAUAAAUAGAUACAGAUAAAUAUAUUUUUAUAAUCGUGUAAUUUAUGUUUUACCACGGACAGUCUGCUAGGACCUCCCAGUCCGAGUGGCGUUUCAAUAUUUUCCCUGGUCGGAGGUUGGAAAAGUCCGACUUCCCACUUUCCUCAAAUGCAGCAUAACUGCUUUUCAUAUGAAGCAUUCGCUGCGGAUUUUCGGCUACUACUACUUGGCU